AUGAAUCGCCCCCUUACUAGACUCAAAAAACCAUGGCCUCACUACAUCCAAACCUCCGUAUCACACUAUUGCAAACGUACAAUACCCGUAACAUUGGAAAGCGAUAGAAGAAAUCACACAUUAUGGUCCAGCGCAGCUAUCAUCAGCCCUACGACAAUAAACGGCACUACUACAGAUACAGCAUUACCAGCUGUUCUGGCUGCGAAUGAGUCUGUUCUGUACAGCAUACACGACGCAGGUAUGCCGUGGUGGGCUACCAUUGUUGCUGGUACUUUGCUGUUGAGAACCACCAUGACGUUGCCCAUUGCCAUCUAUCAGCAGCGUGCUAUGGGCAAAAUGAUCAAUUUAGCACCUAUGAUCCAAAGUUGGGCAGAAACACUCAAAGUGCAGGUUGCCAAGGAGAGCAAACAACAGGGCUGGCCAUAUCAGAAAUACCAGCAAGAAUUGCAGAAGCAAUACAAGCAGAAAGUUAACUCUAUCUAUUCACAUCACGGCUGUGCGCGUUGGAAGAUGCUGCUGUUACCAUGGGUGCAAAUUCCCCUGUUUGUGUCCAUGUCGCUGACCCUAAGACAUUUGACUGCCUACCCGUUACCAUGGUUAGGGCAGACAUCCAAUUUACCAGCAGAGGGACUAUCAGAUGGUGGGUUAGCUUGGUUUAUGGAUCUGACAGCUGUGGAUCCAACCAUGGUGAUACCUGUCAUGAUAGGUGCUGGUAACCUGAUCAAUGUAGAGUUGAAUGCUUGGUAUGCAAGAGCAAAUCAGAGCAAAACACAAAAGAUUAUGACCAAUGCAUUCCGGGUGCUGUCAGUUGCAUUUGUUCCUAUAGCAGCCAAUGCACCAAUGGCCAUAGGUCUUUACUGGCUCUCAUCAGCAUGGUACAGUGUGGUUCAGAACAUUGCAUUCAAGAUACCCAGAGUUAGAAUUGCUUUGAAAAUGCCUUUAUUAAAUGUCGCAAAAAAGAACAAGAAUAUAGAAUAA